AUGCACGUUUCUUUUCUGAACAUUCUGCUCGGCGUCUCCUGGCUUCUACUGUUCCGGUACUGCCAGAUACACUCAUACGCCGAUCCCGGGGCCUUCUUCUUCGACGCGGAGCGUGCCUUUACGCCAUUUUACUCUGCCGCCAGGGAAACGGAGGCAGACUACUUUCUGCAGAAACUCCCGACGACGACGGCGGCUGCGGAUCAACCGCGCAGAGACUCGUCAAGCUCCGACCGCAUCUGUCUCGGAAUACCGAGCAUUCGACGACAAGGAGAACAGUUCCUGCCGCGGACGGUGGCCUCGCUGGUCGACACUCUGAGCUUGGAGCAGCGGAGACAGCUCGUCAUUGUCGUCUUGUUGGCCGACGACGAACCCCAGAUCAAUCCUGCCUUUGGUCAGGCCUGGCUCGAACGUCUUACCGACGAGGUGCUCGUCUACGCGGACCCGUCGAGUCUCCCGGUUGCCACAAACUACCGCUCCAUCAACGGAAGCCAGCAGCAUGACGGAGCCAGCCGGGAGAAGCACGUGCAGCUCGACUAUGCCAGUCUAGUCGACGCGUGUAUCACGCACGAUGCCGACUACUUCGCCCUGCUCGAAGACGACGUCAUUGCGUCUCGGGACUGGCUCGCACGCCUCCGCAGCUCUCUCUCGCAGAUCGAGAACAUGGCCACGCCAAAGGACUGGCUAUAUCUGCGGCUGUUUUACGCAGAGAAAUACCUGGGCUGGAACUCGGAGGAAUGGCCCUCGUACUCGAAGAACGUGGCGUUGGUCUACGCCGCCGCCGCAGCUACCGUGGUGCUUUUCCGGCGAGUCAAGCUGGCCCUGCUCCAGCCAGCCAAGUGGGAGGUGCGCCUCCACGGAUCCCGCCGGACGUUUCCCGCGGUCCAGUUCAACUUUUGGAUGCUUGCCUUUAUUGGCCUCUACUUCAUGGCGGGGCGUCUGACGGUCAACGGAUACCAAGCCGGGCUGCGUGAGAUGGAGAGAAACGGGUGCUGCGCCCAAGGGCUGGUGUUUCCGAGCCGGCAUCUGCGAAUGCUGGCCUCGAGGCUGAAGGAGCCACCCCACGACCUGCCGGGAGACUCCUUUAUUGAGCAGGUAGCAGACAAUGAAGGCCUGAGCAGAUGGGCCAUGGUGCCCAGCGUGUUACAGCACGUGGGCGUCAGGGGCUCAUCCGAGUCUGGCGGGGUGCGCAAAACGUCGUGGAACUUUAGUUUUGAGAGGCUUUAG